ACCAUGGAGGAAACCGGCCAACACUAGCUAACCUAAACAAGUCUCUCCUCGAUCUUCGAGUCUCUUAGAUUGCCAGUUACAUCAAAACGGAAACGGGGACUAUUCUCAAGGUCGGAAAGUGUAAUGAUCGUGGUGUAUAUCGGUCCCCCACGCACAUCGAAAUGCGAGCCAAGGAAAGGAAAGGAAGCAAGAAUGACAUCCAUCCCCACGUUUAGCUUCCACGUCUAUAUGUGAAUGGCCAAUCCACAUUCCACAAACCCCUUCCAUUCUUGGUAAUGCCUUUCUUCUCUAGUCCUCUACCUACACUUAAAAUGGCUUAAUUGUAGCUCUUGGUUCUUUUGAAUCUAGCUAAUUGUGCAACUCAGAUCGGAUUGGAAUCGAAGCUAGCUAGCUGCUCCAGAUCGAUCAGCGAAGAAAUUAAAUGGCGAGAGGUAAGAUCCAGAUCAAGAGGAUAGAGAACGUGACGAAUAGGCAGGUCACCUACUCCAAGAGAAGGAACGGCCUGUUCAAGAAGGCCAAUGAGCUCACUGUUCUCUGUGAUGCUAAGGUUUCUCUCCUCAUGGUUUCCUCUUCCGGAAAGCUUCAUGAAUUCAUCAGCCCCUCCACCACGACAAAGCAAGUGUACGAUGAGUACCAGAAGCUCCUCGGAAUUGACCUUUGGAAAUCGCACUAUGAGACAAUGCAAGAAAAUUUGAAGAAGCUGAAAGAGAUAAAUAAGAGUCUUAGGAGGCAGAUCAGCCACAGGGUGGGCGAGUGUUUGAACGAUCUGAGAUUCGCUGAACUGCACAGUCUUGAGAAAGAAAUGGAAAGCGCUGUAGAAGUUGUUCGUAAUCGCAAGCUGAAGCUGAUCUCCAAUCAGAUUGAUACCAAGAGGAAAAAGGAUGCAAUGGAGGAACCACACUACGGAUUGGUUGACGAUGGAGGAGAUUAUUAUGAUUCUGCCGUCAUUGGCUACUCAGCAAAUGAAGACCCUCACAAUGUAUUUCCUUUAAGGCUGCAACCUUCUCAUCAUCCUAAUCUUCACCGCGGAGGAGGAAGUUCAGAUCUUACGACCUACUCUUUGCUUUGAUCGAGUAUCAAGCAAGCUGAUCUCAAUAUCAGGUCGAAAAUAUUAAUCUUCACCGCCAAUCAAGUUCAAACUGUCGCCAGUAUGCAUUCUAUAUAUGUAUUAAGAUUCAGAUGAAAUUAAGCUAAUUAGCUAGCAUGUAGUGUACUGUACUGUGUCCAGGACAUCCUGACUUGAGCCUGGCAUUUUGGAUCAUAAAACUUUGUCCUUGAUCUUUGGACGUUCCUGAUCAGUUUGCUUAUUCACUUGCAUUCUUACGUACUAUGUACGUGAAAGCCAGUUGAAAUGAUCAGUUUCUCUAAGCCAUUGUAAGCUAUUUUCAUUCUCUAUCGAAUAUUCCAUGUUCUUUUUUUCCCCAAGAAAGAUUGAGCAGCUAUGUCAAUUAUAAUUAAGAAGUUCAAUUUUAUUGA